UGAAUAUAGAAGAGGAUGGAGCGAAAACAUGGGGAUAAUGUCGUACCAACAUUCAGCGACGUCUCGACUCCGAUGUUUGCCGACGAACUUCGAACGUACGGAAUGGCAGCGAAUAAAAAAGAGGACGGAGCGAAAACACCAGGUCGUUGUGCAAUCCAGUACGCGGCACUUCGAGAUGAAAACGGGACUGACAAACUAGCUACUAAUGGUUGCUGCAUAACAGGGGCAUCUCUGCGCCUACGAGAUGGCAACCGAACCGACAAGCCAGCUAGCGGCGGUUGCCGCGUAACAGGGGCAACUCUACCAACCGGGCAAGUUUGUCGAAGUGGAGAUAUGUUACUCUACACUUAUUAAUUUACUUUCUAUUCACUUUUGCUUUCGAUCUUUAUUGUACGAA